CAAAACAUUUAAAGAGCCUGAGUCACGAAAAAUAAUAUUAGCCUAUAUUAAGAUCAACAUUCCUUGGGUACUUUGCCAAAAUCUGAUGUAAAUUUGUUUAAAACCCGCAAAGUUAUGGUAUUUUCUUCCGAGACGAUUGACGGCAAUUCGGUAUCAAUUUUUGUCCCCCUUUUGGAGGACUAGGUUCUAGAAAACUCGCUUUGAUUAUCGACCUCGCUCUCAUGAAUGGCCUCGCUUUCGUGUGAUAACGCGUCGUUUUGCGUCAUAAUGUUGGCUUAUCUUUCCCGCGUUCACUAAGUCUCUUCAAAUAUAUAUGGUCAAGGUCAAAACAAUACAUACAAGACACGAUCCAUCAUACAUUCAAAUAAUUAUACCGGAUUGCAAGUAUCACGCAGUAUGACUGAGAGUUCGUCGAAUUCUUCAGACGAAAACGAAGGCUACAAAAGUGAGGAGUUUGCUGAGGUAGAGACCCAGUUUGAGCCCUACACGGAUAAACCUCCGGGCUACGGGGAAGAAAUUGAUGAGGAAUCGAACGACCCCGAUGGCCUGAGGCCCCAGAUCCUGGCCGACAGAGAGGAUGAGACAAUACCUGUCCAGGAAUGGUGCAAGUGUCAACAUUGUGCAAAGAAUGAGCUAAGCGGCGCUCUUGAGCAUCGAUGCUGUAGAGAAAUUGAGUAUGUUCAUGGCAAACUAACAUUCGACGGUUCGAUUGAGAACUUAUCAUGCAUCACACUGCACGAGGACUACAGAGCAAUGACUAACAAGGCCGUCCUUCAAAACGUGGCGCCAUUGCUGAAGGCAAGGACAGGGCAAGCAUACAGGCGGCGUACAGGAGUAUCGGAGAACGAAUUUUUUAGGUCAGUUGCCUAUCGCUGGAUAAUUCGGUGGAUAUGUGGCCAUAUGGGAUGGGAAAACACUUGCCCAUUGUCUGCGUGCAUUUAUAAUGACAUACGGACAAGAUAUCAGACACGGCACCUACGGCCAAGGGGAUAUCAGGAGGCCAGGAGCUGAUGAGGCAUUGAUGUAUGGCUACAUUCCGAAUAUGGCUCAACCAAUGAGUACUGGAUAUAUAUAUAUAUAUAUCUUUUCAUGAUUUUAUUUUGUAUAGUUUGAUUUGUAUAGUUCUUGAAAUAUAUGUACAUGUUUGAUAGAUAAAAAUAGCAAAAAACACCCUGAAAAAAAAACCCUGAUGAAUUUAUUUUUAAAUUAAUUAUAUUUUGUAUUUAUUUUACCAAAUGGGCAAAAUAUUAAAUAACGUAUUUAUAGAUGUUUUCUUGUUACUAUUUAUUGAAAGUGAGUAAUAUUGAUCCAAUUUUGCAGUCAACUCAGUCAAUGGAAAAAAAUCUACAUUGAUGUUGAAAAAAAAUAAUCAGCAAAACAA